UACGAGUGGUGGCUCCACGUAUGUGGCAGCGAGAAAGACGACACCACCUCUCUGAGUAUGAGCUGCUCUUGGAGCCAUUAGCCGGUUCAUCGGUCUCCUCUGCUGCUUCAACCUGGUGGAUUAGGCGAACGACGAGCCCGUUCCUUCAGCCCAGCCCGAACUACAUCGCUACCAUCGAAAUCCCCUCCGAAGGAAGGGUUUUGCUCUAACAACGUCGACAGAUCCAGAAGAAACUGGGAUGUCGAGUCGAUUGCACAACUCAAGCAACCAAUUUUACAGGGCUCAGAAAUGGCGUGCAGUGGCCCUUGCAUCACUAACCCUAAUUGCUGUCACCUGCAUUCUGAUCAACAGAGAAAAACCAAACCCUUCAUCUGAUCUUUUGAAGCACAAAAAUGCCGGCUUUCAGUCUUCUGUCCGAUUCAGGCCAUCUUUGGAGCUCAUGAAUGGCACCGAUGUCAUUUGGCAAAUCCCCGAUUCGCCCAAGGCCGCUCUUUUCAUUGCUCAUGGUUGCGGUGUCCGAGCUUCCAACUUCUGGGACAAGUACCCAGGCUGCCCAAACUGCACUGGGUUGCCCGAAGAGAGGAUCUUUGUGCUUCGUGCUCUGGAACGAAAAUUUGCUGUCCUAACCAUAUCUAGUUUGGGUAGAUGCUGGUCGUUUGAGGAAACGGAAGCCAUCAAGUGGAUCAUCAAAUGGUGGAUCGAAAAAAAUAAGCUUGGGAAGCUUCCCAUCAUGGCCAUGGGGGCUUCAUCUGGUGGGUAUUUUGUUUCUGCGCUUGCUGCUGAGAUGAGAUUCAGAAGCCUCUCAAUUAUGAUUGCAGAAGGAGUAUUUGCAUCUGCUGGUGUGCCAAAGGACUACCCACCCACACUUUUUGUUCACAUGCCUAAGGACCGUAAUACAAUGAAAAAGAUACAAAAGAACAUGAAAACUUUGAGACAGAAUGGCGUUCUUGUCAAGGAGAUUAGGUGUAUGCAGUUUCCUUUGUCUCCAGACUUGUUCUCCAACAGGAUUCCAGGGAUAAACCAGACAUUGUCUGUCAAAAUGUAUCAUCUUUUUUCUGAGAAGGGAUUUAUUGAUGAAAAUGGGUUUAUGAAUAAUGACGGGCGACAAACUCAGUGGAAGGAAGCUCUUAUUCAAAGGAACAUUAUCCCAGAAAACUAUGAAUUGCUUAAUCACAUUGGGGAGGAAUUGAACCUUGCAUUUGCUUUGCAUGAAAUGACCAGUUUUGAGACAGAUGGUAUUCUUGACUGGUUUGAGUCUAAUAUGAGCUGAUCAAUGAAUCUUGUGGCUCAAUGAAUCUUGUGGCUGAUCAAUGAAUCUUGUGGCUCAUUCUUUUAUGAGCUGAUCAAUGAUAUAUGAGCUCUUAUUUACAGACAGAAAACUAUAAUAUGAGCUGAUCAAUGAAUCUUGUGGCUCAUUCUUUUUAAAGAAACGUUCAAAAUAGUUAGGCUCUAUUGGGACUUGUUAUAUAUUGCUCUGAAGAUUAUCUCAAGAGGCUCUCAUGAAGCCAACAGCGAAAACUGUAACAAGGGAGAUCAUUUCCAAAAGCAAAAUACAUACAUUGGCAGAAGAUUGAAACUCCUUCAAACCAAACUGUUCUGAGAACAGUUGUUGUUGACCAUAUUAGGUAUUCCUCGAUUAGAAGGGUCUAUUAUGUCUUUCUCGAUGUGCUUGUUUCACUGUUUGUGCUCAAUCUUUGUUGUGUUAAAUGAAACUAUACUGGAUGUACUAACACAAAGCUAGAAAGCUCGCUUGAGUGUUAUAACUUGCAAAAAGUACUUUGCUAGAAUUUGUUUAACUAAUGUUGCAGUUUGAGUUCAUCAA